AACAUUUUUAUCAUCCAUCAGAAUAAUAGGUUAUGUGUAUGCCAUUUUAUUUAUCAGAAAUCUAAUUUAAAUUUGAUUUGGGAAAGUAUUUAUUUUUAAAUGGAAGGCAUCGAAUGGAGAAGUUUAGAUGAUGAAAAUUUAAAAAUAAUUCAAGAAGAACUUCGGAGAAAAUUUGAAAUUGUAAUUGAUAUUUACGGGAACCGUUCAGAAUUAAACGUAGGAAAGGAAGAAUUGGAUUAUCUCUUUUUUUUAUUAACUGACAUUAAGGAUCGUCUUAAACUAGAUAUAAAGUCCGAAAUAGUGGACUUGGUAAAAGAAAUUUUCAAAUCAUUAAGAAAUUGUAUGGUUGCAGAUAAUGACAGGCAAAAUUAUUUUGUUAAUAAAGAAAAUUCCUUGCUGAAUGUGAAAGAAAUUAUGUUAAUUUUAAUUAACGAUAGGGAAUGUAAGAAGUGGACUUCUUGUGUGAAAAUUAUUUUCCAGUUCUUAAUAAACCUAGUUGUUGGAAAUGAGAAUAGUUCUGAGAAGGUCUGGUCUAUGUUAUCAGAUAUUUUCCCAGAUCUAUGUAAAAAAUGUGAUUCAUACUAUACAUGUGCAUUAUUGUACAACAUUAUGAUAAAAUGUCCCAAAAUAUUGCUAAAUAUUGGUACCUAUGAAAUAAUUUUGAAUUAUUUUGAGCAUGGAAAAGAGAACGAGUAUGUGUUGUUCUUAAUUGAACUGUUCUUAAAGCAUGAUCAUAUCCAUGAUAAAUAUGCAUCGUUUAAAUUACAACAUCGAAUUAUUUUAUUAGAAACAAUUAAACAGAAACUGGUUUUGAAGAAAGACGAAUCCUUUAAUAUUUCACGAGAACAAUUAUUAUCUUUUGCAACAGAAUUUAAAAAAAAAUCGGAUUGCAUUUUAAAAACAACUCCAGAAUACCUUAGCAGUAUCGAUGUGAGAGAAGUUAUACUUUUAUUAGAAAUAUUAGCAUCUUUGAGUAGUUAUGAAGGACAGUUGCAAUAUAUACAAAAUGAUAAAAGCUUGCUUAUAAAUUGCAUGUAUUUGCUAAUAAGUGUUCAUCAAGCUGGAAAACAAGGACACCAAGAAUUUACUCCCAUACAAAAAAUUUCUCAAUUAAUCACAAACACUGAAGAAUUUGAAGCCUCUACACCCGCAAUUGGCUUCAAAGUAGAUUUAAUAAGAAUGAUUAGUAAUAUGUGUUGGAAGCAUAAAGAAAACCAGGAUUUUGUGAGAGAAAUGGAUGGAAUAGCUGUUAUAUUAGACUGUUGUAAUAUUGAUGCUAAAAAUCCUUUUAUAAUUCAAUGGGUUAUAUUUGCAAUUCACAAUUUGUGUGAAAAUAAUCUCGAAAAUCAAAAGAUAAUCGCUUCUUUAAAUAAACAAGGAGUUGUGGAUUCAGAAGUACUGCAAGAAGUAGGAGUAAUGCUACAUAAUGAUGGAGAAAGUACAUUGCACAUUGCUCCUCUGGAGGAGUUACAGAAAAGGGCCAAAUAGAUGAUUGUUAAUAAUUCUUAUGAAAUGUUUUUGAAACAAAUUUUUGUGUAAAAUAAAAUUAUUGUAUUCGA